AUGAAUGAUUGUUCCACAUACACUCCGCCGCACGUGACCCCUCCGCUUAUACAACAAUUUCCUCCACCUUCACGAUUUCAUCUUACUCCCCCCAAAGUCAGUCAUUCUCAGAAAAUGGACGGGUUAUUGACAGAGGUUAAAACAGUUACUCAAGGCUGUGACCCUUCUCUGUCGAUUUCCAAAGAUAGACCUGUCAAUGAACUGGGUAGCCGUGAAGCUAUUCCGAAACCCGAUAUUGGUGCAGAUCCAACAUCUGCAGAUUAUAUAUUAGCGGCACUGAAAUCGAAACCUGACCGCACCGAUCUUUCUCGCAUCCUCAGUGUACUGGAUCCGUCAAAUAGAAGCGUAACCUCAAAACGGUUUGACAUUAGAAUUCCAAAUCCGUUGACAGCUCAGAUACUCAAUGCCUUAGGCACAAUUACGAUUCCCGAUCAUUGGGCGUCUUUGAAUGCAAGAUCGAAGGUGUCCACAUCAGAGGACCAUAAGCUACGAGCUGCCCUGUUGAGAUGCUUUAGCAGUGUUUCUGGUGUAAGCUGUUUAGUAACUCAGCUUCGCUCGCUUAUAACUGCAGCGCGGUCGUCCUCCCAGCAUGCAAGAGCAUCGGGCUCUCAAAUCCAGAUUAGAGAUAUUCUAGCGGUUCUUUCCGCCCUCUUGAAGCCCAAAGAUUUUACUUUGCGCCUGUAUACAGAUAUUGAGGCACUUUACAGCAACUUGACUCAGAAGCAGGUUGCAUGGAAGGAAUUUGUGUCUCUUAUUGCUGCUAGUAAAGUUUUAUCGACUACAGCAGAAGCGCUCACGUUAGCUAAGGACUGUGGCGGUCUAAAUUCAGUUACAUGGAUUGGAGAUGGGUCCCAAUACGUAUCAUGGUUGGGGACUAAUAUCUGCUAUAUGGCCUCAAAAGUUGAUCUCAACAAGGACGAAGCUUGGAAAGCUGUCGCAUCCCUGACUGGGCGAGCGUUGAGCCUUGGUUAUACAGAUCACAUGGUACGCGAGGUGUAUACCGGACUUCUCAUUACUGAGACUCUCCGAGAGCGGUACAAUGCUCUUUUCGAUAAACUCCGGUCGAUGGAACAGCUUGCGGUAUUGGAAUCGACAUUCCGCGACCUGGAAAAGAAGUAUUUCCUGGUUCCACUGGCCAAUGGAAGUAAUGAAGGCAUUUUAAACCGGCUUGUUAGUGGUGUUGCGACAUUGUGCUCUAUCAUCAUAGGUGGACGUCAAUAUAUUCAGACUCAGCUUCUGGAUUGGCUGUCGAAAGGCCAGGGCGGCUCAAUACAGACCAUUGGCCUACGGCGGGCGUUGUUGGCUAGUUUUGCAGACCAAAAGGAUGUAAUGACGAUUUUGGUCAAGAAGAGCUUGGAGCAGUCCAGUGACAAAUUCUAUAUUAAACACGCGCCAAUUGUGAGCCAGGAAGCGAAUACCCAAGUUCUACUUCUGGCGGCGGGCUACCUUAAGCGACUUGAUUCAAGUGUUGUCAUGGAGAUAGGGCGCUCGAGUAUCUUUCUCAGUACCGUAUCCAACCGUUUAGCCGCUUCGUCUUCUAAAGCCCGAUUCUUCGGAAUGAUCAUUGGAAUGUCAAUUUCGCAACUCAUUGAACAGCCGGGGAAAGCAAUGAGAUUCGACCUCGAAGAAAUGCAGAGUGACGAGGCCUUGUGGUACUUCAAUAUGAUCAAAGUCGAAGACAACAUUGGGUCUCUGGAAUCAAUCAAGUCGCCAACUGACUUAACAUCCAAAUCCCCAAAACAAGUGAAAGAGUCAUCUACUUCCUCAACGAAUAAUCAAAAGAGGCCGCCUCAGCGAACAGCGAAGAUCAUGGCAAUCGAAGAAAUAAAGUCUGAAAAUGAAGAGUCUGAAGAAGAUGAUGAUCUAAUUCCCUACGAAAAGCCCGAUGAAGACCCCUACGAUUCAGAUGAGGAUCCCACGCUGGUUCAACGUAACAAGCCAACAGCACCAGUGUACAUCCGAGACCUUAUAAUCUAUCUGAGAGACACAGAGAAUAUAGAACGCUUUGAACUGGCUAUAAGCACAGCUCCUUCAUUGAUCAGACGCAAAACUGGCUUUGGGACCGAACUUGCUGAGAAUACCGCAGAACUAGCACUUGUUCUAGUUGGCCUACAGGAGCAAAGCAAAUCCCCCAAUUUCCACGAAUAUCGGCUUCAAAGCAUCAUCGCCCUGAUCGUAUCCCAGCCACUGAAAAUGGGUCGAUGGUUUUCUGCAAUGUUUUUUGAUGGAGACUUAUCCCAGGUCCAGCGAUCGGCAGUUUUAACCGGUCUAGGCCUGAGUGCUCGUGAAUUAGCCGGAAACGGGGAGAAAGACGCUGAAACACUGGGUCUCCCAAUGAUGCCAGAUCCAUCCUUCCCGUCCAAGAAGUUACCAGCCAAUUUGGAAGCUCUGUACUCGAGUAAUGAGUCUCCAAUUGCCAGUCUAACAAAGAAGCUGGCACAAACUUCCCUCCAACCACUGGCGGCUAACGCCGCAGAUUCUCUUUCUGGCCCGAACGCGCUGAAGGUCCGAACGUUCUCUUCUAGAAUGGAAGUCGAGAAACGACGCCAGCAGCGAGAGGCCCAACGACAGAAGUCUACUGUCAAAGAUCUCUACAAGGUUCUAGCCGAAGGAUUCUUUCAUCCUCUGAAGGGCCGAUUUGAGAUGAUGAUGCUGCAAUUUUCUUCGUCGACGGCUCCUUCAUAUAAUCCCUUCUUCACACCCAGUAUUUUGACCUUAUUCAUACAAACCCUGACCCUCAUUCUCUCUACUAUGGGUCCUCACACUCCCUACCUCCCUAACGUCACAGAGGACACAUUGUCAUUCCUCCUCUCUCUCCAUUCGCGCCCCCUCGUUGACGAUCCAACCAUUCUCUCUUCACUCCUGGCUCUCUAUCUCGCGUUAAUAGACUUGAAUGUCGCUUCAGGGUCCUCCGGUGAGGAACGACUCGCCACCGAGUUCGCGUCGCAAGUUAUUGAGCUACGUGAAUGGGCGGGUGGUGUUUUCGAUCGCACGCCUGCAACCAAGGGUGACGAACCUAGAGAACAAUUGAGGACGCUGGCAGCUGGUGUGAUGGUCAAGUUAGGGGAGGUGAUGGAACGGUAUCAGGGACGAUUGAUGGGCGUGAAUUCCGCGUUCAAAUAUUAA